GCGACGACACCGGCAUGUUGCCAUACGAUGUCGUCUACCAAGUCAUAGACCAGCUCCAUGACAUACAUCCCGGGGACGUUCUCUCAACCGUGCUGGUCAACCGGGACUUCGCGGACGCCUCCCGUCCUUUUCUUUUCCGUCGCAUGGUGUUAGUUUUAACCUGCCAGGAUUCCAAGAAAGGCUUCAAAAAGCAGCUCAAGUUCUUCAGGAAGGCUUCGCACCUUCACCGCCACGUGAAGGAGAUACAGGUUAAGACGAGGCUUCUUGUCGUGCCAGGCGUGCGCGACAAGCACUGGACAUCCUUUGAAGCGCGGUUUGGCUCGAGUUUGGAGAAGCUUGUGGUCGCUCUGGCUCGUGAACUCGGCAGCCUACCACUGAAAGAAUUCAUUUGGUCGGGGGACAUGACUAUACCACCCAGAUUGCUCGCCACGCUAGAAUCCGGAUUUCCCGAAUGCGAGCUCUCUCUCCAUCACUACGACGGCUAUGCGCUGCCCAGCUCCAGCAAUCUUUCUCAUCAUCCUCUCGAGCGCUUCGCGCACAUUAUCAAGCGAUCCCCAAAGCUUAAAUCCUUAGAACUCACCCUCGAUCCUCGUCAAGGACGCACUCGGUAUAAUCCCACCCCGGCCCCCUUCUUACAAGACACAUCUUGUAUCUCGAUACCGUGCCCUACGCUUAACUCGCUCAGGCUGAACGGUUUUCAUUAUACUCCCAGCAGCGCUAAGCAAUUCGUGACGUGUCUCCGUCAAUGGACCCAGCUCCGCGCCCUUUACCUCGACGUCUGGGAUAGUGACGGCUCUGAACACCUUCUGCACGCCCUCGCAGCCGCGGGAGAAGCACUCCCCGCACUGAAUACCUUCCAGCUGAGGAUUCAGACGAGUCGGGAGUACUCAACAGAUCCACCUGCGCACGUCGUGGACGUCUUGGCUGCCCUCCCACGCACGCUGCAGAGCAUUGAACUCUUUGUUCCCUGCCCGGACGAGCUUCUAGACACCAUCAUGGAUCGACACGGUCCCAAACUCGUUUCGCUCACUAUGCACCAUCGAUCGUCAGAUUUCGAUUAUUCCUCGAUCCUUCACUGGAGCCGUGUCAGGGCAUUGAUUAGAACCUGCCCUUCGCUCAGGCAUCUUGGGCUCGAAGCGAACGCACAUCUAAGCUUUUUCACGGGCACGGUGUCGGAACUCUACAUUGGAAGGGAACACAUGGACAUUGCGCAAGUCAGGUCCAGACGCCAUUAUCUAGAUCUAGGGCCCGAACGUGCGAUCACGAGUGAGGAUACCCUCGUCGACGACGCGGCGAACAUUCAUGUUGUAAGAAUCUGCGGGCAGAACCAGGCGUACCUGCAGGCCCGGGUUCAUGGCGAGUGGCUGAAGCGCAGUGGUCAUACCGAGGAGAGAACGGUGUCCGUCUGGAACAUCGACUUCAGCGACAAUUGGCGCAUGGCCGAAAAAUGGACCGAAUCACUUUAA